AUGGAGCGGGGCGGGGGCGACGGCCACGGCCGGGAUUCUGACCUCGAUCUCUGCUCUCAGGGUCCCUCAGGCGGUCAGGAGGCCCAGGCGCCCCUCCAGGAGACGCGCGUUAAAGCCAAGGAGCUGCAGCAGGAGGAUGGAGGCUUCCCCGCCCGUCUUGAGGGCAGCAAGGAAGCCGGAGGGGAGCUCAGGUGCUCCCCAGCUCCGUGGGGGGGAAAAGAGAAGGCAAAAGAGGAUCGAGAAAAGCGCGGCGGAGAAGAGCAAGAAGAUGUGGAGGUGGUGGAGAUCAGAGGAGGCGUGAAGGAACCCCGUCCCGGAGCGAGGGCGGAUGGGGACGAGGACGGUGCUGCAGGCAGGGCCUCGCGCGGGCUCGCACACGCCGGCGGUGAUGGCGGUGUGGCGCAGGCCGGUGAGGGGCUGGGGGUCCUCCCUGAGGACCUGAAGAUCCCCCUGGUGCUUCGCCCUUUGCCGCCUGGUGCCCGUAUACAGGUCCAAGGCCCCCUGCUACCAAAGCUGAUCCAGGUGUCAAAGGGGCCCGUGAGCCAAGUGCCUCUUAAAAUGCAGACCCUGCUGGAGCCUUCCGUAAAAAUUGAAACUAAAAACGUUCCCCUCACAGUACUGCCCUCCGAUUCAGGUAUGCCAGAUACUCCAUUCAGCAAGGACAAAACUGGCCACGUAAAGCGUCCAAUGAAUGCAUUUAUGGUGUGGGCUAGGAUUCACCGACCUGCCCUAGCUAAAGCCAACCCCAAUGCCAAUAAUGCUGAAAUCAGUGUUCAGCUGGGGUUGGAGUGGAGCAAACUGACUGAAGAGCAGAAACAGCCCUAUUAUGAUGAAGCUCGGAAAAUAAAACAAAGGCACAGAGAGGAAUUUCCUGGUUGGGUUUAUCAACCACGACCAGGCAAGAGGAAGCGUUAUCCACUGGCUGUCUCUGCUGUAUUUUCCAGCACUACCCAGAAUAUCAUCACUACAAAUCCAGUUGCUGUUUAUCCCUUUUCAUCGCCUGCAUUUCCUGCUGCCAUGCACAAUAUUCAGAAAAAUAUUGGACAUCCAGUCUGUGAAGCUCCUUCUGCCAGCCGGCUGCCAGCUUCUUCUAUUCAACGUCCCAGUCCAAUUAAUCUUUUCCGACCUGCUAUUGCAAGCACCACUCCAGUAGCAGUUCCAGCUCCAACCCUGCCUCUGCGCCCUGUAAUUGCAUCACAGCACUUUGCUGAGCCUACUCAGAGAGAAGCUCGUGAUGUAUCAUCUGGAUCCUAUUGCUUUCUGAAGAGAUCAACACCAGUUGUUGUUGAUCUCUCCAGUAGAAGUUCAAGUGCCACAUCAAACACUAGUGACAGAUUUUCUGUCCCUAAUAGCGAGUUUCCAAAGGAGUUCUCAGGGAUUUCUGCUUAUCCUAGAGGUGUACUUCUUCCCCAGGUCACACCUCUUCCUCAUUCGCAUCUCUGUGAGAGUCCUCCCAUUGGGCAGGCAGCCAGUCUGUACGGAGUACCUCCUCAGUUUUCGUUUUAUCACCCCUACUUUGUUCCUGGACCUCACUAUAUCCCCUCAAGCACGUGCCCAUUCAGCCGUCCUCCUUUUGGCUGCGGGAAUUUCUCCAGCUCAGUGCCUGAAUGCUUUGGCUUCUAUGGAGAUGGCUACCAAAAGCAGGAGAUGAAGUUUUCACCUCUGUACAGAGAUUACUCUUUCAGGGGACACCCAGGGGGAAGAAUACGUGAAGACUCACGUGUCUGCACAGACCUCGAAGAAGUGACCUAUCACAGCAGCCACAGUGAGGAGGGUUGUAUUAGUAUUAGCCCCAUAUCACAGCUAGACACUGGAGCACUUGAGAAUGAUUUGCCAGCCACCCCACCUUCUCCUUCCAGCAUCCAGCUAGUCAAUGUGACUGACAGCGAGGACGAAGAAGAAAAAAAGGUGUUGCAAGAGCUGUGAUUUUUAAACCAAUUGAUAAUCUAAGAAAUUGUUACGGAAGAGGAAAUAAAUAUUUUCGUCACUACCGUCUUCAGAGAAUGUGUUCAAUGGGAAACCCAUGUACCCUGAGCAACCCAUGCAUGUCAGUUUGAGGACUCUAAUGAACUGCUUAUACUUUGAGAGGUCACAUACAGGUUUGGGAAUGUCUAAAAGCUUUCUGAAGUUUCACCUGGUUCGUCAGGGCAUUGCUUGGACUCUGGCUUAGGAAAGCACUUACACUCAACUCAAGAUAUUUGACAACAUUUGACAAAGAUAUUUUC